AUGUAUAUCAAUACGAACACCAAAAUAUCUAACAAUCAGAUACGGGCACAUAUCAUAUCGACUAUACGCGUCACACUGAGAAACGCUGGAAAGGACCACACAUCAACUUCAAUUAAAUAAAAUAAAAUCAAAUCCAUUCAUUCAUACAUCAUUAACCGACGAUUCUCAGUCUCAACACACAGCUCAAUCAACAAACCAUGAUGUGGGAAUGGGAACAAGAAGAACAACAACACCACCACUUUGAUGACAACACCUCCCCAAAUACUAAUGAAACCCCCGACCCCAAUUCCUAUCAGAAUUUCGAUUUCCUCUCCGCUCUCUCUAAACCCAAGGAUUAUUACAAGAUGUUGGAAGUUGAUUACGAUGCAACCGAGGAUACUAUUCGCUCUAAUUACAUUCGUCUCGCUCUCAAAUGGCACCCGGACAAACAGAAAGACCAGGAUUCUGCCACGUCACGGUUUCAAGAGAUAAACGAGGCCUAUCACGUUUUGAGUGAUCCAGUCAAAAGAAGAGAGUAUGACAUAAAUGGAAUGCGUUACGUAUACGAUUACAAUAUCAUUGAUUAUCUUGACCGUUACAAGGGCCUCAUAUUGACUUGCAAUGGCCUUGGCUUAAAGCAUUCGAUAUGGUAAAGCAAACCGGCAUUGUAGACAUUCUUCCAGUGCCUCUGGGACAAUUUUUUUGAAGUACCUGGCACUGCAUGCCAUGCUCAGUAAUGUAAACACCUGCUUAUGAUGUCCUAGAGUGAUUGAUAGCUUCAUGGUUUAUGUAUAAAAGAAACAUAGACUAAAUGAAAUUUCAACUUCUUGUAAUCGUCGAACCGUCGAACAUUAUCUUGCUCUCUCUGCUUGCUUUCAAAUGUGUUCAUAUCUCUCACCUUUCUUUGUUUAUCUGUUAAUGAAAAUCUGGUUCACUAUGUUUAUGUUGCCUGAGAUACUAAGAUUGCAUCACGAGGAGAACAAAAGCAGAUGAUGAGAAGGAUGAAAUCAGAAGACGGUAAAACAAGGUACUGUUUGUAUCUCUCCUCUUUAGUUGGUUUUCAAGUCUUUGAUAAUCCCUGAUGCAAUGAUGUUCCUAAUUUGGUUAUGUUUUUGAAUUCAGUCUAAGGUGUACAUAAAAAGGACUACAUUUUUGUCA